AUGGAAAUACAGCCUUUAACUGACACAAAUGUAAUUGGUGAUUUUAAGGAAUUUUCUGAGAAAAUAGAUAGUCUUGCAAAGUAUGAGAUUUCAGAAUUAUUAAAUAUUUGCAAUGAAAUAUGUUCUUUACUAUUACAAAUAGAUGAUCAUGGACUUGAAAAAUUUAUAAAAUAUUGGAUUAAGAAUUUUGGAAGGUGUGACCAAAUAGUUAAUAUUUUAACUUAUAUAGUGGUCUUAUCUACUGGAGAUAAAGACGAUUAUUGUACAAAAUUUAUUGAGAAACUUAGCUCAAUGAGUACUAAUUUGACUUAUAGAAAGUUAAUUAUUCAGCUUGUACCAUGCUUUUUAUGGACAUAUAUUACAAGAUGUUUUUGUCCAAUAGAAUCUAUUCCACAGUACCACUUUUUUCCUAUAAGAGGCCCUGUAGAUAUAUUAAAGAAAAAUUAUAUCCAGGAAAAUGACAAUAUACGUCCAGAAUUCAAAUUUAUAGAAUAUAUUCUGUUAAAUCUUUGUCAAUUCUCUAUAGAUUGUAGUGAGAAGUACUCUUUAGGAAUACAGAAUUAUGAUACAUCUAUAAAUAUAAUUCAAAAUUAUCCCUCGAAAAUGAAGUUGCAAAAAGUGGAAACUGGAGUUAGAAAUACCUUUAGAUUUCAAGAAUAUAUACUUAAGCAUCCAGAUAAGUUUCCAGAGACACCCAAAGAUCAAGUAGAACUUAUUCACUUAACUAUAUCAAAUUUACUUAUCCCAAACUUAGCUAACUACUGCACUGUAUCAAUAUGGAUCACUAUACUUCUCUGUGAAUCAUUAUCAGAUAGGAGUAUUAUUCCACUUUAUAUUGAAACUUUGAACUUAUAUCCGAAAUUUAAUAUGAAAAGCUCUGGAGUUUUUUCUAAUAUCCGAAUACCUUUAUCAGAAGAAAUACUGAUUAAUAUAUCAAAAACACUAUGUAAAUGCCUAUAUAUUGCAAUCCAGCGUAAAAUCAAAGAUAAAGAUAUCAAGAUUAAACUCUGUUGCAAGGUUAAAGAAACUAUAGAGACUAUAGUGAGACGUUCUAUCUGUGAGAUGAUGCCACAAUGUGCAGCAUUUGCAUCAAACUGUAGUACCUUGAUUAGACCAAUAUUGGAUGAUAUAUCUAAAAUUUAG